AUGCAAUUAUAGAAUUCUAAUUACAAAAUACUCUCCAACAUAGGGUCUGGCUCUGGGCACCAAGUCUUUAAAGUUCAGAAUAAUUAAUCUUCUCGAAUUUUAGCCUUAAAAAUUGAAAAAAUUCCUAGUUUGGGAUAAUUAGAAGGAGAAAUCCAAAGGCUGUAAGAGCUUGAAGGAGUUAAGGGCAUUCCAUAAUUGAUUGAUUUUGGGAAAACUAAAGAUUCUAACUAUAUAAUCACUCCACUUUUAAAAAGAAAUCUCUCAGAGAUAGCAAAAGAAAGUGUACUUUCUCUACAGAGUACUUUAGCUAUUGGACUCAGCAUAAUUGAAAUUUUAGAAUAAGUUCAUAAAAAAGGCAUUUUACAUCUUGACAUAAAACCAGAAAAUAUAAUGAUAUCAUAACCUUAAAUCAAUGUCCCAGUUGAUUAAAUUCUCAGACCUGGUUUCAUUCAACUAAUUGAUUUUGGCCUAUCUUAAAAAUUUGGACUCAAAACUUUCUUAAAUAAAGUUUUCAUCGGCUCCUUAAGAUAUGCAAGUAGAUAGGCUCAUAGAGGCGGCCAACUUGGUUUCAAGGAUGAUUUAGAAAGUCUACUGUAUGUUUUAGUGUAUCUAAGAAAUUAGAAGCUGCCUUGGCAAUCCUUAAAACAACUACAAUCUCAACAAUUAGAGAUAAAAAAAAUUGGUGAAAUGAAAGAGGCCGUUUUCACCACUACAGUUCUUUCCUAAAGAUUUCCUCCAGAAUUUUCAUAGUUCAAAUCCUAUAUUGAAACCUUAACUCAAUAAACAAUGCCGGAUUAUGAAUACAUCAAAAAUCUAUUUAGAUCUAUGCUUUCAGUUGGGGAUCGAAGUUAAUCUAGCAAAUUGGCCAGUUCAAGCCAGUCUCUUAAAGAAACAAAAUAAAAUAAGAAUAGUGAGCAAAUACUGAUGUUUUUGUCAAAUUUGCCAAAUAAUGAUUCUAUUGUAAUCCCUGAGGAUCAAAUAGACAUUGAGACUUCAAUUGUAUUCAUCUCAGACCUAAUAACCUCAUAUACGACUUCAUCUAUUAAAUCUAUAAAUGAUAUCAAAUAUUGA